AGUAUCGUGCACAUCCAGUAGGGCUCAGGCCGUCGCUCCGAGCGGACGUCCGUACCGAUUCAACCUUUAAACCUUCCUCGGUUGUUCGCGUGUUCAUAAUAUUACAAUUUAAACGUGAAAUUACAGGAACCGAUCACAAUCUCAGAUAAAUCGCAUCAAUGUGACUGAGAACAAAGAUGGACCUCAAAUAUCUGAUCCUGAUGAUUGCACUUGCGACUAUAGAAAUAAAUGUAACAGAAAGUAGACAAGAUAAAAGGAGAUGGAAAAAUGAUAAAGGACCGUAUUCUCUUUACGUUAACGUCUGCGAUAUUCAAGAUAGGGCAUCUAAAGUGCACUGCUAUUGCGAGAGCACUGACAUCAAAACCGCGACGAAGGCAGAUUGUUGGGUCUUCAACGGCGGCAUCGCUGAAGACGACCCCUUUUGGUCAAACUUUUACUCACAGCCGCGAAUUGAGAGACUGUCUUUUAACGUGAGAGCAGACGGCGGAUUGACUUACAUACCGGCCAAAGUCAUAGUUAGAUUAGAGAGGCUACAGUACCUGAAUGUGCAGUAUGCCAAUAUCUACAGUAUCCCGUCGUUUGCUUUCACAAACUCGACGACCCUUCGAGAAGUUAUUCUGCCCAAAAACAAAAUAGCGAAGCUCGAAAAGAUGUCAUUCGCUCAUCUCAUAAUGUUAUUAAAUGUUAGCUUAACAGAAAAUCAGAUAUCGGAGUUGAAGCGAGACGUGUUUUAUGUAUUACCAAAUCUCCAAAGGCUGGAACUCUCUAAGAAUAUCCUGAGCGUUCUGCAUGACGGAUGCUUCAAACAUCUCAACAAUUUGAUCAAGCUGGAUUUAGACCACAACCUGCUGACGGUCAUCAUCAGAGAGAACUUUCAGGGCUUGUCUAACCUCAUCACACUGAACAUGAGGAACAACAAAUUAACUAUGGUAGGGGACCUCGCCUUCGCCGAACUUUGGAGUCUUCAAGAACUUUACCUGGACGCAAAUGAAAUAGAAUUUAUAUCCGAGAGGGGUUUCGGGGGAUUGACUCAGCUUCGAAAACUUUAUUUAGCCGAUAAUAAGUUGGCGACGUUAGACGAAGGAAUUUUUGGCGAUGUUCAGAAGUUGAACGUUUUGGAUCUGAGGAACAAUAAGUUGGAGACUCUGAAACAGGAGGCCGUUCAAAAUGUUUUAGAAAACAUGAAGUCGAAUUAUGCGGUAAUCUCUCUCGACGGUAACAAAUUGACGUGCGACUGUCGUCUAUCAUGGCUUCUGAAACUGCAAAAUGAAACAAGAAGCAAGCGUCUCAGAGUCUCAAUAAACCGUCUCAACUGUGUCGAUGCAAAAAAUAAGAUUACCGCUGAACUUAAAAUUGAAAACGAUGACAAACUUAAGAUAAAGAAGCAAGGUUCAGAUUAUGAUGAUGACAGUGAUGAAAUUAGCGAUAAGUAUUAUGAUGAUGCGAUGCAAGACCAAGAAAAUGAUUCUGGAGAUAGUAAAGUUGAAUACAGGAGGAGACUGACUGAUAUUCCAAAGGAAUUUUUGGCUUGUCCCAAUCGCUUGGUUCACGGCAGCACGUUUUCACCGCCUACCCAAGACGAGGUUAAAUAUUACAACUCUUCAUCUAGCACGCGGGUUGCGUGCUCAUUUUCUAUUUUAUAUUUUCUGUUUGGAUUCUCGAAAUUAUUUUAGCGUAAUUAAUGUUAGGUAUUAUUAGAAGUUACUUUAUUACUUAUUAGUGGUGGUAUGGCGUCUUCUGAGCCCCGCACGGGUAGGUACCAUCGCCCUACCUAUUUACGUUGUUGAUGUCUAUGACAUCCAGGUGGGCCGUGAGUUCGUCCACGCAUCUAAGCAAUUUAAAAAAUAUUUCAGAUUUUAUCUUUCUUAUUGUGUAUUACAUUAGCAAUGGACCUACCUGGUGGUGACUAAUGAGAGCUGUACAACCGCUCCGGGGUAGAUUUAUAAAUCUCGUUUGAAGGAAGUUCCAUGGCACUUAAGUAAUAUCCCAGAGAAGAGAGCUUCAAUUUUCCUGAUAAAAAUUAUCUCUAAUAAUAUCUCGCAUAAGUAUAUUUCAAUUUAAGCUAUACUCAAAAUUGAUGAUGAAUAUGUAAGUAAUGAUGAGGAAGAUGAGUAUUAUUUCGGGUGAUGCUGUAUAUUUCUGAACGAAAUUCAUUUUAAGCUAUAUGUUUAAAUUGAUACCUUACUGUCCUCAGUUUAGAACGCGUAGUUUUGUCACUUUUAACAAAUUAUCAGCAUAUUUUAAGAAACUAUGUAUGUAAUAUAAGAACGAUGCAUAUAAGAAUGAUGAUUAUUUUCAAUUAUUACACUCACAUUGUUAAUGAUAUAUAGUCUGCCAUCUAAAAGCUAUUCAUAAAAUACCCAACAAAUAAGUUAAGUAUUAUUUUAGAUGUCAGUUCAAUACAAUUGGUAAAUUAAUUUGCGUAAUUACUGAUCGUAUUGUGGUAGGUGGUCUUCUAAGUCUGCACGGGUAGGUACCACCAUCCUGCUUAUUUCAGCCGUGAAGCAGGCAUUAUUUCUUCCGCUAUGUACAAGUGAGAUUUCGAACUCUUGUCUCAAGGCGGGUGGUGGUCUUUCCGUUGCAUCAGGUGGGCUCGUUCCAUAACACAAACACAAAAAAAACAUAGUCGUAAGUAAAAUUUACCUGAAGAAGCAUCUGGGUUGAUUUUUCAUCAGAUAAAAGUUAUCGAACAAGAAAAUUAUAAGUAACCUGAAAAAUUCUGUUAAAACAACUGUCGUUUAUUCAUGUUUAGUUUUGUGAAUAUAAAUGAAUAACUUAUUUUACUUUUAUAACUUAAUCAAUUAAGAAUUCAACAGACCAAAGUAAAUUAUUAAUUUUUGAGAUUGUAGAAUAAUGUACAAAAAUUUUCACAAAUAGGAAUUAGAUAGGAACUACUUUAUCUAAAUGUAUUAAUGAAUAUAAGUUUUAUUCCAAAAAUGUUGACGACAAAUUUGGCCAAUAUGACACGCUGCUCACGAAGCAAGACACACGGUCGUGUACCAGUCGGUACUGAUCAAUUAUAUUCCACACCUACAUGUGUACAUAUCAUUGAAUCGGAAUUUUAUGGCGCUUCAAAACUAAUUGAAAUUUUUACACUUGAUAAUAUAAUAUAUAUGUAAAGAAAAACCUUUAUUUAAACACUAGUUUUUAAAAAUAAUUUUUCUUCAGUGUCAUAGAGUUAGUAAAAAAAAGUUCAAUUUGUUUAAAAUAUUAGUUUUAAAACAGAUCAAGGGUUUUUAAUGUUGUUUUCUCGAUAACAGAAAACGAAAUUAAGUCUUUUAUUGUUCAUUUAUUCUGAAGUACUCCAUAUCAUUAUAUGUAUAAAUUUCUUCAAAGUUUAAGAGUUGAUAAUUUAGCCGAAGCUUGGAGAAAAGAUUAAACAUUUUUUUGAAUAAGAUUAAUUAGGUUUUAUGUUUCAUUAAUUAAAACUCCUGUUGUAAUUAAAAGUUUUAACAAAAACAAAACGAGUUUCAAGAACUCACAAUUUCGUAGUGUAGUCAUAGGGUGAGUGGAAAUGUAAGUAAAUGAUAAUUAAAACAACUUUUAUUUCUGAAUAACAAUAUAUUUUUUACUAUAAAUUAAAGUUAAGCACUUUAGUAAUUAACAGAAUGCUCGUAGUAUUUUAAAUAAAUUGAUCACUUAUUUUAAUUGUAAGUAAUUCUCACGUUAAAUAAUUAACAAAAACCGGAUUUAACAUUUAUCCAGCAGAAAUAUUCACGCAGAAACACAACAUAUGAAAAAAAAAUAGGGUUAUAUGAAAAAUCAGUUAAAUUAUAUCAAAUAGCAAAUAGCGCUGUAUAUUUGGAUAUACAAUGUUGAAUCAGCACACCAAAGAUUAUUAGUAAAUGGUUCUGAGUACGGCAUUCCAAGUUAAUUUACGUUGUUAUUUUUGAAAGCAUUAAAUGUAAAUAAUCUACUGUGUUAUUGUAGAAUGAAAAUAAAUUGAUACUUUUACAAA